CGUGCUGAUCUCUCCUUGGAUGUGCAGCCAAGUCGGACAAUGUGGGCUCCUCUCCGAGUACGGCUAGCCUUUACUUCGCAUAGACUAGUACGAGAUAGGACUGUCUUACGAUCUUAUGGCCAUACAUCUACCGAGUCUUUAACGCCAAAUGUUGCGAGGUUGCCCUCGACAGUCGACGUCGGAACAAGGUUUGAAGAAGACACCCUCCGUUGUCUAUCCCGUUAUGGCAUAGACUUACGUCGAGUCGGGGGCGCAGACGACAAGGGGGUCGAUCUUCGCGGACGUUGGAGGCUUCCAAAGGAGGGUGGUGUGGACCCAGCACUGUCAUCACCUGGCCAUCACGGUGGAUUUCUCGAGUUCCCAAUUAUCGUACAGUGCAAAAAGGAGCGAACAAAGCUUGGACCAAAAUAUUUUCGCGAACUGGAGGGCACCCUUGCGCGUGAAUCACCUAAUACGAUUGCCCUGUUGGCAUCUAGUGAAGGGUUUUCAACUAAAGCGGUGGACCUAUUAUUUGCUUCCAGAGUGCCCCUUGCACUGGCUGUUAUCAAUUCGGACCGGAUCUGUGUGCGAUUGGCGUUGAAUCGGGCACUGCAGGAACUAGUACCUGGUCUGAUGGUUUACAAGAAUCAGUCAAACGAGCUCACGGUAUGGUACCGAAAUAAAAGCUUGACGUCAAUCUAGCAUAAAGAAAUUCCAGUCGUCUUUCCUAAUGUCGCUACCAGUUAAGGGAACCCUGACUUUCCACAGAGAUGUAUCUUCUUAUUUGACAUGAUUUUACGUUUGGCU